GCGAGGAGACCUCUGCCGCAGCUUCCGAUGGAGGUGUGGGAGAACGUGAUUGACCAUCUGUGGGAUACCCAGGAUGCUUUGAGGCAGUGCAUCUUUGUCUGCCGAGCGUGGCACCCUCGCAGUUGUUUCCACUUGCGCAUGCAGAUCAAGAUCAAAAGUGUCGAGGAUGUGAAGGCGUAUGCAAAGAUGCUGAAGCAGACGCCGAAGUGGUCGGGGCGGGCGCACGAUAUGACUAUGAUCAUUACCAAAAAUUGA